AUGUUUGUUGGCCGCCUGGGCCCCAACGAACUGGGCGCCCUGGGUGUGAACACUGCCUUGUACUCCCUGGCAUUCUUCUUGUUCAACUUCUUGGCCAGUACAACCACACCACUCGUCGCAACAGCUGUCGCUGCGCAAGACAAGGACAAGGCUGGCCAGGUGACCAUUCAAGGAUUGAUCCUUGCUGGAGUGUUGGGGAUAUCCCUUCUUGGGGGCUUAGUAAUAGGUCAAGACUGGUUCCUGGGUGUGAUGGGCGCAGAUGGAAGCAUGUUGGCACCAGCAAAAGAAUACCUUGUAGCCAGGUCGUUUGCUGCACCUGCCGUGCUUGUUGUGCUUGUUGGAACUGGAGUCCUGCGUGGUCUUCAAGACAUGAAGACGCCACUGCUAAUCACGCUGUUUGCCAAUGCUGCCAACCUUGUCCUGGACCCUAUUUUAAUAUAUAGUUUUGACUUGGGGGUGAGGGGAGCAGCUGUUGCCACGACAGCAGCUGAAUGGUUGUCAGCCGGAGCAUAUGUCAUGGUGUUGUGGAGGGAGAGGGAGACACUGGGACUUGACUGCUCGUAUAGUGUUGCUGUGAGGAGGGCACAGGCUGACUACCUGCCAUUUCUGCAGGCUGGGGGGACAGUGCUGCUUCGCACAUUUGUUCUACUCUUCACCAAGACCUUUGCUUCGUCAGUUGCGACACACUUGGGACCUGUGAAUAUUGCUGCCCACCAGGUCGUAGCCCAGUUCUGGCUCCUGCAUUCACUCACGACAGACUCUUUGGCCGUCUCAGCACAGAGUCUUGUGGCUGUUGCUUUGGGGAAGGGUGACAUGAGACAAGCUAGAGGCUUGUCAGACAGGCUCUUGCAGUUUGGGAUUGCUCUAGGGGUAUUCUGGACCUUCUUCCUGCAAGCUGCAUCUCCUGUUCUUCCUUCCAUUUUUACCAGUGACGGGACUGUUGCCACAGCUGUUUACAGCAUUGCACCCAUUGCCACAUUCGUGUUGCCAAUCAGCUCAGCUGCGUAUGUGUAUGAUGGCAUAUUCAUCGGGGCCAAGGACUUCAGAUUUCUUGCGUUCUCUAUGUCAUCCGCUGCAGUGUGUGUGUGCACUGCUCUUUUUCUGGUUGAACCUUUGGGCUGGGGAUUGCCAGGUGUGUGGUGGUGUCAAUCAGGAAUGUUGAUAUUGCGAGCGUCUAUUCUGACUUGGCGGUACCAACAGCAACGUGGACCAGUUCCACGACAGAUUUCAAAGCCUGUGGAGGAAGGCACAGUUGCAGUGGUGGACAAUGAAGAGCUGGAAGGCUCUGUCAGAAGAUGA